UAUCAACUUAUUAUUUUGUACUUCCGUUAAAAUUCAGUAUUUGUAUUAAGAAUUUUAUUAAAAUAGUAACUAUAUGUAACUAUACUUUAUUAGACAACCCUAUUUCUACAGCUUAAACUCGACUAAUUCAUAAUUAAAGUCAAUAUCUUCAGUGUGUUGAUACAAACUCCCCUCUUUUGAAGUGGACUCUUUUCCCAUAAUAAUAUUGAUAUUUUGAGAAAACUAACGUGUUUUAUCUGCAUUUCUCAUAAAUGAUGAGUAAGCGAUCAACUGAGAAGUUUGUCUUUUAUUAUUUUCCAACGUCAUUCUCAUCACAAAAGAUACUGUUUGCGCUAUACGAGAAGGAUGUUUUUUUCAAAAAGAAGCUGGUCAGUCUGUUCUGUGGUCAGCACAAUGAGCCAUGGUAUGUGAGGCUCAACCCAGAUGGCUACCACAUACCAGUUCUCAAACAUGGAGAAAAAAUUGUCGUGGAGCCUGCAGAUAUCAUAGAUUAUAUCAGCAACGUAACCAAACCUGCAGGGGGGCACCCAUUGGUACCUGGCCUGGAUUCUGAGCUGGGUAGAAAUGUGCAGGAGAUGAGGGGGAAGCUGGACGCCAUCCCAAUGGACAUCCUCACAUAUGGCAUCAUCUACCACCCCCAUCUCUCCAACACCGGCUGCCUCAUACCGUACGCCCUGCAGAGGUCUAUGAAAGAGAACUUUGCCAACAGAUUAUGCUUACUGACUGAGCUGGCAGCCAGACACCCUGACCUUAGAGAUGCGUACCUCAGUAAGAGUCAGCUGGCGGCAUCUAACUUUGACAUCAUCACUGAUGCAGACAGGGUGAAAACACAGCUGGAUGAGCUAAUGCCUCUGUUUGCCAGUAUUGAAGACCAGCUCAAGAAAAUCAAAGAAGAGGGCAGUGAAAUAUCUGAUGAGCUCUGGUUGUUCGGCCCCAUGUUUACAGCAGCAGACAUUAGCCUGGCCAUCCUGCUGAGUAGACUUUCUCUGCUCGGGCUUGCGGGCAGGUUUUUCCCUGCAAGCAAAUUCCCGUGUAUACAUCAGUAUUACUACCAAGUGCGCAAACGACCUGCAUUUGUGAAAAUACGGAAGGAAAUUGCAAAUCUCAAAUGGACAAUGGCGUGGGAAAACUUUAAGUGGGUAUCUCCAUAUAUAAUUGGUGGAGUUCUUGUAGGAUCUGGGGUUGGGGCCGGGUAUUUAAUUUAUAAGAAACUAUCUGACGGGUGUGAAUGAUAUUCUGAUAUUUUUUGUCAUAGUAAUUUUCUGUGAUAUUAUUGACUGUUGUUGUUUUUAGCUAGUUUAUACCAGAUAAUGAACUCAUUCUAAUGAGAUUUUUUUAGUUUUUAGUAUGCGCUAUUUUAAGCUUAACUUAUCAUUGUUAAUUUGUUUGUUUUAAUUAGAUUUUUAUGUAAAAUUAUAUGAUGAGCAUAUCUUGUGUUCAUGUAUAUAGUGGUCAUUUUUUUAAUGUAUUAACUUAUUUUUCCCUUUUUCGUAAUAAGUUUAUGAUGUUUAGUAUCCACAAUAAAUACUGGUAUUGUGUCUAUUUUCAACCAAUUUAUCUUGUUUAUUCAUAGCUGUAUAAGUAACCCAGUCAUGAUGUAGGUGUAAGUGAUACAGAUUGUUUUAAUCUUGCUUAAUAUGAUGCAUUUUUUUAGUAAAGAUAGUAUAUAAAUAUAUUAUAGACUUUAUUUGUUUGCAUGACGACACACAUUUUGAUAAGAUCUGAUUACUUUUGAAAGAAUAUAGCUUUUGUCAUAAUUGAUGUACAGUAUUACCAAUUACUAAGCUUUUUAUCAAUUGUGUAAUGAUCUAUAUGUUGAUUUUAUAGGGAUAUUUUAUUAUUGGUGCUAUCUAGUCAAUUAAAGAUAUGUUGUAAUGCACAAAUGCACAAAAAAGAAAAUCAGUUUACAAUGCUUCACACAAGUUGUUUGUUUUUAUUUUUAAAUUUGCCUAUUUAAAAAAGGACAAUUAUGCUGAUAAAAUGGCGCCCUGUUAGAAUUUGUUCUAAACAUAUUUAUAAUUACAGUCAUGAAGUGCCCUGUAUAUUUUAGGUUUCAAAUGCAAAAAUGUGAAGUUUUAAUGUACUUGUAUUUAUAACCAUACUAUACUUUUUUAAACAAAACAAGAGGAAUUUUGAUCAUCAUAUGCAAUUAAUUUGGUGAAGGCAGAAGGUUGCACAUGCUCCAUUAGGGCAAAAGGGUGGUACCAUAAAAGGCCAGGGUACAUCACCCUUCUGAUCCUGCCUUUGUUACCCUUUGAUCAUCAAAACCUAGCUUCACCACUGAAACAUGACUGUUAUAAAAAACAAUGAGCAUGUUACAUGUUGUAUUUAUUAUGUUUCCAAUGUUCACAUGAGCUGGUCAUUUCAUUCACUCACUGGCUGUGAUGUUAGAAGUUGAUGCCUGGCCCCAAUUACUCCAAAAAUCUGAAUCGUAACCAGCUUGAGUAUCUUAUUUUGCAAAAUUGCUUGCUUAAGCUUGACUUUACAUAAUAAAAAAUAGUUUACUUUGAUUAUCAUGUAGACUAUUUCCUUAAAAGUCUCAUGAUUCUUCAGUAUGAGAAUAUUACACAAAUUUUAGCAAAACAAAAAUAAUGGGCUUGAUCCUUAUCAGGGACUUCCUAUCUUAUUUGAAAGCACAUGGCUUGCUGAUCAGUAAUAUGUUACUAAGUAACCAAAACCACUACAUGUUAUUGUAGUGUUUUUUUAUGUUCUAAUUUUCAACUGCUAAUGGUCAUUAAAUAACGAUAACAGUUUUCAGCACCCGAAAAACAUACAUUUUGUAUCUGUGAUAUAAAUUUUAGUAUUUCUUUUACAGAAUUUUGCUCUUCGCAUGAAAACUUUUAAAUGAUAUCGAAAUGAUAUCAGGUUUUCAGACAUCCAAACCCCAUAAUGAUGAGUGUGCAUAGGACAACAAUUUAUGAUAGUUAAAUAGUUUUCAUCGGGUUUGGCAACUUAAAACUUAACAAUGAGUUAUUUUACUAGCUUUUUGAACAAAUAGCAACUGGCAUAUAUUCAUCUGAACAGAAGUUUGUAAUCAGAAUCAUUCAAUUUUCAAUAACGUUAACAACGCUUUUCAGCAAAAUAGAUGUAUUCUUUUACAGAAAGAACAUGUUUACAUUUUUAUAAACAUCUGAUGAUGUUUAUCAUUGAAAAAAACAUCAUUGAAACAAGCAUUUUGCUAUCAUUUCACGUAAAAUUAAUCUUUUUAACAUCUGACCCUAUAAAAUGUAAUAUUUUUAUUUACAUAUCAAAUAAAAUCAAUAAAUGAUUUGAUUUUAAAUACCUAUUAAAGGGCAAUUAUAUUGAAUAAUAUUUCUAUUUAUAAUGGUUAUAAGAAAACAAUAUGGAAUAAUGUAAAAUUAAUAAUUCUUUAUUAUGAAUACCUAAUUCUUUUUUAAUAUAAUGUAUAAUUAAUAAUAAUUAUAUGACACUUUCUUGGAUUUAACAUAACUUAGCAUAAAAAUUAUUUCGCUGUCACAAGUUCCUUCAUGUUGUCACAGAAGAUCAAUAGUUACUCAGUUGUUCUCUUUCACUUAUGUUGCAAUGGAAGCAGAUUCCAUUGUCCUGUAAAAUAUUGAACAAUGUUGCAAUGGAAGCAGAUUCCAUUGUCCUGUAAAAUAUUGAACACCAGUCCUUGAAUAAAUCAUUCAUAAUGUCUACCUUUUAUAGUAGGAGUACUGGAGUAUGAGAAUGAGUUAUCAAUAUUGUUAUGUAACAAUUGCUUUUUCGGUGUGUUAUAUAAUGUAAAUUAACAAAUUGCCUCUGCUAUGAAAUAUCGGAAAAUAUCAAUCACGUAUUAAUAAUCCUGUAUGGAGGGCAAAUUCAAACAAAGUGGUAUCCACCUUCGAGGUAUACAACUGGCCUGUUCUGAAUGAUGAAGUUAGUAAUUAACACACUCGGGCUUCAUCAUUCUGCUGAUAAUGUUAAACAAAUAUGUAAACAACUGGCUAAAUAUUGGUUUAUAAUUGAUGGCUUGUGAAAAGAAUGGUCCAAGAUAGAUACUAGUACCUCAUACUAAUUACACCAGCUUCGAAGUCAAAAAAAAUGUUUUAAAUACAAUAUCACAUACUUAUAUAAAUGUGUUACUGGAGAGAAUCGAAGUGUUAAUUUCUUGGUCUUUAUUUGUGUAAACCUUCCAUGUGUUGUGUUGUGAAUCUCGUAAUCGGGAUGUAAUCCGCAUUGUGCUACGCAGUAAUAUUUAACAAAAUAAACCAAUAAUUCUUAUAUUUGAAAGUGUUGUUUGUCACUUGUAUAACCCAUGUUUAACAUGUGUGAGUGUUGUCGUGCCAAGCAUUAUAUUAUGUACAUGAAGAACAGGCUUGAUAUUACUAGUAUUUAUAAAAUAAGCCGUGUAGACAGCCCACCAGCCUUUCGAUGUACAUGUAGUGUCAUAGCCUUGG